GAGUUGUGGAUGGGAUCAUAGGUUCUGUGGGGUGUUCUUUGGAGGACCCAGGAGAGCUUUAUGGGGACCCAGGGGAGCUGCUGGUGGAGGAGCUGCUGCUGCACGGGCAGCUGCCCAUGAGCUCUGCCGUGGCCAGGGUGGCCGACCGCCUCACCGAGACCAUGGAAGACGGGAAAACCAUGGACUACACGGAGGUGUCCAACACCUUUGUGCGCCUGGCCGACACCCACUUCAUCCAGAGGUGCCCCACGGCCCCAGAAGUGCCCCAAAACGCCAAGGUGCCAGCGGGUGCCAUCGCCGAGCAGGACAUGUACGCGGUGCCUCGGAUCUGCCUCGGCGGUGAGAGCCGCGACCCGGGCACUGCGGGGUGGGACAUGCGGGGUUUGCGAGGGUUAAUGGAGGAUGGUGAUUUGUGUGACGUAGGAAUUAAAUUUUAAAUUUAAAAAAUAAUUUUAAAAUUAUGUUAUAAUAUGAUUCUUCAGUUAUUUAAAAAGUAGAAUUUAAUUUGGGUAAUUGGCUGCUAGGGUUAAUGGAAGUUGUUGAUUUAUGUUAUGC